AUGGAUCCACACAUCAGGAAAAUGGGUGUUGUGCACAAUGAUCAAUAUUUGGAAAAAAUUGGACUGACAAAAUUCCAUUUACAGGGUGAUCAUCCACCAUGGCAAGAUUUUGUUGUGCCUCAUCUAGGACCAGAUAAUGGAUUGUUGGGAACACAUAGCAGCAAGACACAAGAUGUGCUGGGAGGACAAAUGAAGAAAACACAGUCUCAAAAGGUGCAAACAACAGAAGAAUUGAUAAGAAACUGCAGUUUGCAAUGCUUGCAAUUAACAUUAGAGUAUCUGGUAAAUGAAAGCAAUGUUAUUUUGAAUGCAGGAAAUGGUGGUGAAGAGAUGGAGUUUACAGAGGAGAUUGUUACUGAUUUUGAAUCCAGAGUUUCUGAAGUGAUUGAACUCUAUCAGCACCGAAUUCAGUGGCUCUUGCAGGACAGCAGAAAGGUGUUUGGUGUUAUAAAAGGAACUAAAGUUGGACUUUUGGUUGAUGUGUCUCAUUUGAGUUAUGGACCUAGACUGUUGGAUUUUCAGAAGAACCUUUUGUGCUUAAUAGAUGAACAGCUUUGUUAUAAGAAGCAAUUGUACUGCCUCUCAUUCAGUACAGAAAUUUCACCACUGUGGGAGAGUCCAAAAACCAUCAAUGUUCAUGUGCUACGUGAAGUAAGACAGUGGAUAGAAGAGCUGGAGCCUGGUCGAGGCUGCAACUUGCUGAAAGCCUUAAGGCAUGUCCUUCCAAUGAAAGAACUGAAUUCCUUGGUCCUUAUUGUAGGAAGCUGCCCUGAUCAGUCUUUUGAAAUAUUAUGUGAUUAUACUCAGCAGUGUACACUGGGGAGAAAAGUGCAGAUUCACACUGUUAUCUAUGAUUGCAGCAACCCUGCUUCUCUUACAGUUCUAAAGAACCUUGCAGAAGCUGUAAGAGGCUGUUAUCAUUGCUACUCUUCCAAGGGAGAGAAUUUUGAUAGCAGUGAUUUUCAUCUGUUACUUCAGGAAUCCCAAAAGGCUAAGGACUUACUCAAGAGCAUCAAACAGACUUUUCAAAGACGAGUUGGUGACUUGCUUGGUAGUAAAAGAGCAGAUGUUUCUACAGCAUUUGCAAAUACAGAACCUUCCAGCUUCUUCCCAAAGCCUCCAAAGCACAAAGGACCAUUAGUUAUUCAAACACCAGGCAUCCUGGGCAAAACCUCAGCAGACUGGUUAAAGACAUAUGGAUUGAAAGCUAAAAAGUUAGACCUCUAUCAAGUUCUGGCUCCCAAUGCCUUCUCUCCUGUGGAAGAUUUUGUACCUAUUCUUAAAAAAACAGUAUCAUCAACUCUACAUGAGAAAGUGAUGAUGCAGUUUGAGUGGUAUGAUGGAACUGUAAAAAAUAUCCAUGUUGACCUGCCAGUAUUGUACAACUAUCAGAAGCUCCUUGCUAAAAUGGUAAGAAUCUAUGAGAAACGAAUUGACUGGCUAUCUGUUGCUAGCAGAAGAAUAUGGGGAAGUGUGUAUGAAAGAAGGGUGGUUAUACUUGUUGAUAUAUCAGUGACAAACUCUACCUACAUCUCUCAUAUCCAACAUUCUUUGCGACUUUUACUUGAGGAGCAAAUGUCAGAUAAGGAUUCCUUCAAUAUUAUAGCAUUUGGGAGUGACAUUGUGCCUUGGCAGCAGGAACUCCUUCCUUCCCAACCAGAAAACUUAGAAAAGGCUUGGAGGUGGGUGUUGAGCUUGGAGUGCAAGGGCAGUAGAAAUGUCUUGAGUGCACUCAGAAGAGCUGUGGAAAUUGAGUUCAAAGACAAAGAUAAACACAAAUCACAGGGACUCUACCUGCUGACCACUGGAAUACCAGACCAGGAAACACACACAAUCAGUGCUUAUGUGGCUGAGGCUUGCAGAGGUUUUGAUUUGCAGCUGCAUGUCUGUCUGUUCAGUGUGACAAAGGGCACUGACUCCAGUGGGAUUAUUCCAGCCCGCUAUGCCAACCCAACAGAAACUGCCAGUGCUUUCAAAGAAAUUGUACAGGCAGGCAAUGGGAGGUUUCACUGGUUUGGAGAAGCAGGUAUUUUUGAAAGUGAUGAUAUUAGCAGUAUUAUAUCUGAAAUGGAAAAAGCAAAGAACUACUCCCAAAAGUGUGCAUUCCUAGUGGAGUCCUUAAAGCAACGCUCAGUAAAACAGUCUGUGAAACCACUCACACCAGAAGGGCACUCUAAUGUGCUUAUGAGGAAUGAGGAAAGAAAAAAACAGAAGGUGCCAUCUCCUAAACCCACAGCUGUACUGAAAGAUGUUAAAGACAACCAUGGUGCAGAGAGAAAUACUCGUGUAAGAGUAGUGGCAUGGCGUCCUCCUAGUGCCAGAGCAGGAAUUCCACCAGCACAAACAGUAAAAGAAUGGCCUCAGACUGAGAAUAAAGGAAAGCACAAACCCAGGAAGCAGGCAGAGCUUUCUGUGUCUGUAUUUUACACUGAAGAAGGAAGAAAUGUGGGUACAAUAUAUCAGAGGUAUCCAAAGGCAAUGCACAUAAGAAAAUCUGUUUGCUCUGUCACAUUGCCAAAGGAAGAGGAAAUCUGUUCAAGCAAAGAGUGGCUGACCAAGUAUAGUAUUAAAAAGCUUAAACUGGAAUUGUCCAGACUGAUGUUUGACUGUACCCACCAGAAGAAAACUGUGGAGUGUCUGCACAAGAAAGUAUCAGCAAAAUACUGUUCUAUCUUCCCCAGCAGAGAAAUCAAUGGGGUUGUGAAACAUCUGCAAUUUCACCCUAAAGAACUGGAAAGCUACACAGAACAACUGGGGAAUGUGCUGCAGCGCUACGUGCAGAGAGUGCAGUGGCUGCUCUCAGGAAGCCGACGAUUGUUUGGUACCAUUUUAGAAGCAAAUGUCUGUGUUUUGGUUGAUACGUCUGGUUCCAUGGGCCCAUAUUUGCCAUCUGUCACAAAAGAACUUACCUCCCUUAUCUGGGAACAGCUGAGAAAAAAUGAAGUCAGGUUUAACCUGCUGAGAUUUGCAGACAAUACAGAGAGUUGGAAAGAGUAUCUUGUAGAGGCAGCUGAUGAAAGCUGCCACGAUGCUGUGCAGUGGGCUUCCACAUGCCAUGCUCAUGGGAGCUCCUGCAUCCUUGCAGCUUUACAGAAGGCUCUCAGUUUCCAAGGUGUAGAGGCACUGUAUCUAUUGACUGAUGGAAAACCAGACACCAGCUGCAGUCUGAUUUUGAAAGAAAUUGAAAGAUUGAUAAAGAAACAAGAUAUUAAAAUCCACACCAUUUGUUUUAGCUGUGCAGACAGAGGAGCUGUUGAAUUCCUGAAGAAGCUUGCUUCCCAAACAGGAGGGCGCUUCCACUGCAGUUCUGCAGGUGAAGAUGGACAAUUAGCAGCACACAGAAUAUUGACAGAGGGGCUGGAUGAUGAAGAUAAUCCAGUUUUCCCUUACUUUGAAGGAGAUGAUUUAAAGAAACUUACUCAAGAAGUAGCAAAAGCUAGAAGUUUCUUAAAGCAGGCAAAAUCUUGGAGAUUAUUGUUUGAAAAAUGGAACAGAAACCAAAAAGAUGACUCUGGCUUUCAAGAAAGUGUUCAGGAUUAAAUUUUAGAUGAAGAAAAGAUGCUGAAGAGGUUUGGAAUCAUACCAUCAUACCUGCUUCUUUACAAAGUGUGCUCACACCUUCCAGCUUCAAGCAGAAAGAUUUAUUUUCUUUGUUGUCACAAUGGCUGGCAAGACAAGAAGUUGCAGAUAAGUGCUGCACUGACUCCACUUGCAGAUUUUGGAGGAUUCAAAGUAAAUCAAGCCCUGAACUCUACAAAGUUUAAAUAUAAGUAGAGGGUAGUUUUCAAUAUAGCUAAUACA